AUGGAAGAGCAGCUGGCUGCAGAAAAAGACGCGGAAUCCUUGACGAGAUUGAGUCAAGGUUCUUUUCGCUUCAAGUAUGAUAUGCGACGACGUCUGGAUCUUCUACAGAAGGCCAACCCAAGUGAGGUCCCGAUGGUCCUCGCAGUAGAAAGUCGAGAAAACCCCGUUACUCCAGACAUUGGUGGACCACCUCCCUCCAAACCAACAGCCCACUCAUCCUUUUCAGUGGAGCCUUUCAAAAUAAGGUUGAAGUGUCCACACUAUGAUAUCUUGGGUAGAGCUCACGUGUUACGCAGGAGGAGAGUGUCGAGUGUUACUAGUCAUUUGACUUUUGUUACCGUUACAAGGAAGACUUCGCUUGUAAGCAACGUCAGACUUUUCGUUGCAAGCCUUGAAACCGUCUUUCCUUUCCCUCCUCCCUUACUCGCUAUCUAUCAGAAUCUGUUCAUAACUAUCUAUCUAUUUGAAUCUAUUCAUAUCUAUCUAUCAAAAUCUGUUCAUUAUCUAUCUAUCAAAAUCUGUUCAUAUCUAUCUAUCUAUCUAUCUAUCUAUUUGAAUAUGUUCAUAACUAUCUAUCUAUUUGAAUCUAUUCAUAUCUAUCUAUCUAUCUAUCUAUCUAUCUAUCUAUCUAUCAAUCAAAAUCUGUUCAUAUCUAUCUAUCUAUCUAUCUAUCUAUCUAUCUAUCUAUCUAUCAAAAUCUGUUCAUAUCUAUCUAUUGGAAUCUUUUCAUAA